GCAGUGUUUACUCUUCAAUCAACAUGUUAGGAGACCCAUCUGACCGCUGGUGACCCCGUAGCCAGCUGGAUUUUUACAUAAACGCAGAGGACGUAAAGGCAGUCAAAAUGGUACCCAACAAGUGGACUAUGCUUCCAGCUCUUCACAAAUCUCCUCCCAAGAGUUGGCUUGGCAUUCGACUACGUCUCCAUGAGAAACCGGCGCAGGAAGAAGACACUGUGUUAUGCCAGCAUCCAGACUGCACUGAGCGCCGUCACGCCUCAAAGGUGUGCCAUCACCCGGACUGUCAGGAACUGAACGGUAAAAUCCCUCUGCACCUGUGUGAGUCAUGUGAUUCACGCUGUCACCUAAAUGAGACUGACAGUAUGCACUUUGACAGACACCCCCGAUUUGACUUGCAACCACAAGGUUCCAUCCUGGCACGUAAUGUGUCGACACGCUCCUGUCCCCCUCGCACCAGCCCGCCAUCAGACCUGGAGGAAGACGAGGAAGUAACCAGUGAACGAGGUGAAUGUAAGACAGGAGGAAUGAAGCUGAAAGGAAGGGAAGGAAAGAAACCUAGGCGACGCCACACUGAUGAUCCCAGGAAAGAGUGCUUCAGCCUCAAGUUUGAUAUGAACAUAGACAUAGACACAGAGAUUGUGCCUGCUGUGAAAAAGAAGACAUUACAAGAAGUGCUCGGGCCCAUUUUUGAGCGCAAGGGCAUCGAAUUAUCCCGGGUGGAUUUAUUCCUGGACCAGUCAAACACUCCGCUCUCACUCCACUUUGAGGCAUAUCGUUUUGGAGGACAUUACCUAAAAGUGAAAGCUCGACCUGGUGAUGAGCUGAAGGUGGAGCAGGGAGUCAAGGAUUUGCGCUCUCUCGUUCUGCCUAACAUGAAGCCAUCAGUAGGGGACAGUCUGUACAUCCUAACAACCGGCAGUGAGAGGGCAGAGCAAGAGUCCCUGCCGCGGCGAGAGGGCGUCGACAUACUGGGUCAGGCCCGUCGGCGAAAGAACAUGACGGAGUUUCUGGGCGAUGCCAACAUCCCGUCCCCAGACUCUAUGGCUAUGCUUGGCGGGCCUUUACCAGGCGUAGCUCCUGGAGGUUCUCUGCCUGGCGGAGCAGCUGGGCCAGAGAACUGGAAGAAUCGUGCCACCAAUCGGUUCACUGUCUUUUUUGGUGCCACAUCUGGAAAGGAAGUGGACCGCGUGGAGCUGCUUCAUACUAAGCUGCAGGCGUACGAACAGUUCGGUCUGCCCAAGGUUCCUUCUCAGCUUUCCUUUAACCAGGAUUCAUGGGAGGAGGAAGAGGAGGAGCCAAACCUGACACUUGAGGACAGCUGGAGGCAGCUCCUGGAGAACUCUGAGAGUUUAAGCAGGCGUCAGUUUCAACAGCAAGAGGCGAUAUGGGAACUACUCCAAACAGAGGCUACACACAUCAAGAAACUCAGGGUCAUCACCGAUCUUUUCCUGUAUGGUCUGUUGAAUCUACAGGACAACAGUCUCCUAAACGAGGUGGAGCCCACACGGCUCUUCAGCAACCUCCAUGACAUUGUACGUCUCCAUAGUACGCUGUGGGUCCAGGUUAUGUUUCCAGCAUUGGAGAGAGCGCGAAGCACACGGAGUCUGAUUGAUCCCACCGACCUGCAGCAGGGUUUCAGUACGUUUGCAUCCAGGUUCCAACCAUACAUCCGGUACUGUAUGGAAGAGGAAAGCUGUAUGGAAUACAUGCGCUCACUGCUGAGAGACAACGAACUCUUCAAGAUCUACAUCACAUGGGCAGAAACAAAUAAAGAGUGUAAUCGUCUGAAGCUGGCAGACAUGCUAGCCAAACCACACCAGAGACUCACCAAAUACCCCCUGCUCUUGAAGACCAUUCUCAAGAAAACUGAUGACCCAACCUGCAGAGAUGCUCUCAACAGCAUGGUGUCGUGUGUGGAGAGCUUCAUUAACAGUGUGGACUCUCAGAUGCACCAACGACAAGAGCAGCAGAAACUAGCGGCUAUUUCGGCUCGAGUGGAGUCAUACGAGGCUGUAGAGGGAGCCAGUGAGGAGGUGGAGAGGGCUCUGAAAGAGUUUAACCGUAUUGACUUGAUGGCGCCCAUGAUUGACACCUCACCAGAAGAGACGAGGCAACUACACCUGGAGGGGGCGCUCCGAAUGAAAGAGGGCAAAGACAGUAGGAUGGAUGUUUACUGUUUCCUGUUCACUGAUCUGCUACUGAUCACAAAACCAGUGAAGCGUUUGGAGAAGGUGAAGGUGGUCAGGCAGCCCCUCCUCCUGCAUAAUGUUGUGUGCAAAGAGCUUAAAGACACAGGUUCAUUUGUUCUCAUCUAUCUCAAUGAGUUCAAGAGUGCUGUGGCUGCCUACUCAUUCCAGGCCAACAGCGCCCCCCAGGGGAAAAGUUGGACUGAUGCAAUCUGCAAUGUCCAGAAUCAACUGCAGCGUUUGCGUUCAGAGGAAGCGCGUCGACAGAAGGCAUGUCUAAACCAGAGGCUAGAGGAAGAUCAGGAGAAAGAUGAGGAGAGCUGUACAUCCACUGCCAUCUCGCCACACCUUAAACACAAAGAUCAGAGCAAUAGCCAAUCAGAUGGCUCCACAGAGACCCUGUUGGUGAUGGAUAUGGACGAUUCUGGAUCGUCUCUAGAUCCCUCCAUUCUUCAUGCUGAGCCAGAUGGGCCUUCAGACCGUGAUGGUGAUCUGUCCUCCCUGCCCCUCCAUCCUGAUCCUCCAUACCCCCAUUCUACCAUCUCACAUAAGGGUAAAAUCUUUGACACCCAUCCAGACAGUCAAGAGAGCUCGGACAUGGACCCACAAUACCGUUCGAUGUCUAUGGACAGCGCCUACAGGACCCUCUCACUGGAGUCCAUGGUGGAAACGCAAAACCUAACGGUUGCACCAGGAGACGAAUCCGAGGAGGAGAAGUCUGAGAUGACGGAAGACGAGGAGCAGGAAAAAGUAGACAAGGAAGAUGAUGAGGAAGAUAAGAGCUUGUGCGGUUCACAGAACUCAGUGGCGCACUCCCUGAAACCCAGGCGUCGCCCGCCCGUCCAGUGUCGGCUGUCCUUCCUUGAGAGACUCGCGGUCAAGUCCUGCUCUGAGGACAAUCUGCUGUCUACCGAUUACCACAGUAACCGUAACCACAUUGUUGCUAGGGCAGCCACAGAGUGCACAGAAAGUCACCACUUAUGGGAGCAGAGAGUGAAAUGUUUAGAUGGUGCGCUGCUCAGCAGGAGCUUGUCAGAACUCAGCCCUACGGAAUUGGAUGAUUCUUUACUGACGGAUGAAGAGACAGACGAAAGCCAAAGACUUACGUGCAGUAUGCCAUCAGGUAUGCUUUUGGACACAUUGAGGCAUGCCAAAAUAGCACAAAAAGCUGGUAGUAACCAGAUUCCGUGCAGUGCAUCAGAUGGGGAGCUAUCGCCCCCUAGUGGUCUGGAGGGAAUGGCCGGCAGAAAGAGACCCCAGCAGUACAAAAAGCUCACACUGGCUCAGCUCUACAGGAUACGCACCACACUGGUGCUCAACUCGACACUCACAGCUUCAGAAGUGUAGCAUCUUUCGGGCACAAACCCAGUUCCAGAUCAACCUUGCAGGACCUAAUUUUGCGGGACACAAAUGCACUCUAACCAAUGAGCUCUCUGGCUUCCCUCUCCAUUCCCUCUUCCACUCAGAUGGAUUCCUCACUAUGGAGCUUCCCCUCAGAAACCUGCUGAGUAGAUUUUCUGUCCUUUAUCUACGGGAUAACGCUGGCUCAUUAACCCGUUGCACUUUGUAAAACACAACUAACUUCAAAAGAGGAUAAAGCUUUCAGUCGAACUGUGGAGUUACGGAAAGUAGACGUACUCUGGGCCGUUUGAGGUUGGGAAGGGUCAUACGGAAGUAGAGAUUCACUGAACAUAAGAGUGAAAUGCCACAUUGGAUUCCUUAAAUUCUCUGUUUGUUUUGUAUUUCUGCUUAAAAAGGAUUCAACAAAGAGGAUGCAAGCGUGUUAUGUUAACUGCACUACUGUGUGUGUGUGUGUGUGUGUGUGUGUGUGUGUGUAUAAAUGAGAAAGAGUGAACGUAUAUCUG